AUGGGUAUUCCCCAUAGCGCACUUGUUCGCGACUGCCUGCUAGGCGCUGUGGGCAACAACUCCAAUCUUCUUGCAUUCCAAGGUGACUUCCUUUUCGACUCCAGAAUUCCUCGUUACAACUUGGAAUUCCCCGUGGUCCCCACUGCUAUCACUUAUCCCGACAAUGCAGACCAGGUGGCUGCAAUCAUCAAAUGUGCAGCUGAUCACGAUAUCAAGGUCCAGGCUUACAGUGGAGGUCACAGCUAUGCCAACUAUGGUCUGGGAGGAAAUGAUGGCGCCAUCGUGGUUCACAUGAAAAACAUCCAACAUUUCUCAGUUAAUCCAGUCACCCAUAUUGCUACUGUUGGUGCUGGUACACUUCUAGGCGAUCUUCAUCAACGUCUCUAUCAUUCCGGAAGAAGAGCUGUUACUCAUGGAGCUUGUCCUCAAGUCGGCAUGGGUGGUCAUUUUACCAUUGGUGGGCUCGGUCCAAUGUCUCGCGAAUGGGGUACAGCUCUUGAUCAUAUCGAGGAAGUGGAGGUCGUUCUGGCAAACUCGAGCAUUGUUAAAGCAUCCCAAACGCAAAAUGAAGAUAUCUUUUUCGCUAUCAAAGGUGCCGCUGCCAGCUUCGGUGUUGUCACAGAAUUCAAACUUCGCACACAUGAGGCGCCCACAGAGGCUAUUCAGUACACAUACCAACUCAACGCUGGCGAUGGUGAAGCACGGGCUCAGCUUUUCAAAGAUUGGCAGAGACUUAUAUUGACGAAGAACAUCACUCGGAAAUUCUCCAGUGAAAUAGUACUCUUCGAAGGUGGUGCUUUGCUAUCCGGUACCUUCUUCGGAUCCAAAGAAGAAUUCAAUGCUUUCGGGCUCGAGGAACAUUUUCCAAUCAAAGACCAUGGUACCAUUGCAUACCUUACGGACUGGCUUGGGAUGGUCGUUAGCCAGGCAGAGAAUCUCAUUAUGGAAAGCAUGGGUGGUAUCCCAUCUGCAUUCUAUGCCAAAUCACUAUCCUUUACCCCGGAUCAAUUUAUUUCAGAUGCGGGUGUUGAUGAAAUGUUUGCCUACAUUUGCAGAGCCAAAAAGGACACGAUCGCUUGGUUUGUGAUCUUUGACCUGGAAGGAGGCGCAACGAAUGACCACCAAACAAACGCCACUGCUUAUGCGCACCGAGAAGCAUUUAUGUGGAUGCAGUCCUAUGCGAUCAGCCUCAUUGGGCCAAUCAGCUCCACGACAAAGUCAUUCCUCAAUGAUCUAAAUAAAGUGAUCACGUCUUCUCGUCCCGGGUCAUAUGGUGCAUACCCUGGAUACGUAGAUCCCUAUUUGCAAGACCCGCAAAAUGCCUAUUGGGGAACAAACUUACCAAGACUGCAGAAGGUAAAAUCUGCUAUCGAUCCAAAAGACAUGUUUUCCAACCCCCAGAGUGUUAAAAAGGUUUCUCCGAAUCCAUUUUGA